CUUGACAGGUCAAUCCUACUUCGUCCAUGAAACGUCUCUCCUUGCUCCACCACCGCGAUCGCUUCGAUGCGCUCUCGCCUGUGUGAGCUUACCCGCUUGAACCGCCGCACUCCCCGCACAAGGUCCGAUGACGGACACGGAGAACGAAGCAGGCCGGCCACCUAUGCAUCGUACAUACGUCGGCAGCCACGCGCCCCCCGCUGCUUCCCCAGACCGCUCUACGUUGCCUUCCCCGUCGCCCCGCCAUUUAGCCUCGGCCAGUCCUUCCUCCCUAUAAAGUAGCUGAUCCGUCGGCUGUCCCUUCGUCGCUCAACGCGAUUGAUCUGCACACCAUGUCAGACUUCGACAAACAUCAAAUCACCCACCUCGAAAACCUCGACCACGAGAAAGGCACCUACGCCACCUCCCCCGACCGCGACUCCUCCUCCCUCAAAGACCAUGGCCACUUCGAACUCCCCAUCGACCCUGCCCUCGCCGACCCGGCCGCAGACCGCGCCCUCCUCCGCAAAAUCGAUUUCCGCCUCAUCCCCUACCUCUCCUUCCUCUACCUCCUCUCCUUCCUCGACCGCGCAAACAUCGGAAACGCGAAAAUCGAAGGUCUGGAUAAAGACCUCAACAUGACGGACCAACAAUACCUCUGGACACUCACCGCGUUCUUUUUCCCAUACGCACUGUUCGAGGUCCCGUCCAAUAUCCUCUUGAAGCGGUUGAGACCGAGUAUCUGGAUCCCCGGAAUUAUGCUGUGUUGGGGAACGUGCAUGACACUCAUGGGCCUCGUCGAAAACUUCUCCGGACUCCUCGCUGCUCGAUUCUUCCUCGGUGUAGCCGAAGCUGGUCUCUUCCCCGGCGUAACAUUCUACCUCUCCUGCUGGUACAAACGCCGUGAGUACGGCCUCCGCGCCGCAAUCUUCUUCUCCGCCGCUACCGUCUCCGGCGCAUUCGGCGGCCUUCUCGCAGCCGCCAUCGCAAAAAUGGACGGAAUCGGGAAUAAACCAGGAUGGGCAUGGAUCUUCAUCCUCGAAGGUCUCUUGACCGUGGUCGCGGGUGUCGCUUCAUUCUGGAUCGUACCCGAUUUCCCAGACACCGCAAAAUUCCUCUCUCCAACCGAACGCACAAUGACAAUCGCCCGUCUCCAAGCCGACGCGCAAUACUCCGCCGGCGUCCACGAACCAUUCCGAAUGUCCCGCCUCUGGGACGCACUACGCGAUUGGAAAACAUGGAUGGCGAUGGUGAUUUACAUGGGUAUCGACGGACCCUUGUACGCAUUCUCACUCUUCCUCCCCUCCAUCAUCAAAGAACUCGGAUACACAAAUACCCGCGCACAACUCCUCUCCGUACCCCCAUACGUCGUCGCAUGCGUCGUUACCGUCGGUGUCGGGUUCGCAGCGGACCGUACCCAACGUCGCGGAAUCUACAACAUCGUCUGUGUAUCCUUAGCCAUUAUCGGCUACAUCAUGAACAUCGUCCCUUCCUCGACAGCCAACGUCCGCUACGCAGGCGUCUUCCUCGCCGCCGCCGGUGUAUAUCCCUGCAUCUCCAACACCGUCUCCUGGAUCUCCAACAACACCGAAGGCUCCUACAAACGCGGCAUCGUCAUGGCCCUCGCCAUAUCCUGGGGUAACCUCAACGGGGUCGUUUCCUCAAAUAUCUAUCGCGCGCGGGAUGCGCCACAUUAUGAGCUUGGACAUGGGGUUGUGUUGGGCAUUACCUGCUUGCUGGUUUUGGGCUUCCGGUGUCCCUUGAUCUUCGGUGCGUCUUGCGAGUAA